UUCAUUCGUCAAGUAUACAGUCACCAAAAUAUAAAAAUAUUGAUUUUGGUCUCUAGUGUAUAAAAUUUACUUAAUAAAAAUAUAUUAUUAAAAUCUUUCAAAUAGUGGUGUUAAAAAUAUAAUACUAGUGUUUAAAAAGAGGACGUAUUUGUUGUUAAGAUGUUGUGUUAAAAUUGAAUUUAUAAUCUCGUUUAUUAUUUCCAUAUAAGAAUGGGCAAUACAAGUAAGAAAUUAGCAGCUAAAUGUACUUUACUGACUAAAGAAGAACAGAAGUAUGUAGCGGCAACUUUUCGGGCAGCAAGUAAAAAUUCUGAGAGAAUUCGUGAGGAGGAUCUCAUCGUGAGUGGAAAAGUAGAUGCAGUCCUUUUAGAAAAAUUCUGGGGACCACAGAUAGACCCGAGACUGGCACAGUACUUGACAAACUUUUUAUUUGGAUCAGGACAACAGAAGACGGCGACGUGUGACUUCAAUAGAUUCGCGGAGUUAUACGUAUUUAAUGUUAGAGGCACAGUGGAAGAACGGUUGGCCGUGACAUACAAUUGUUUGGGCAAGGACUUCAACGAGGACGUGGAACUGCCUUACCAACUUCUUAAAGAGUUCUGCGAAAGCAUAGCAUCAACAUACAUCAAGAUUGUGAAGUCUUCCACAUCUAAGAGGGCCAGAAUCUGGAUUGACAAAGGCUUCAGAGCCAGUGCCUCAUGCGUGCAGGCUUUGGGUGAGGCCUUAGCGACGACUGUCGGUGGUGACCUGGAGUCGCCACAUCAUCAUUGCAAUGCCCAACAGUUGUUGAAAUGGCUUGAAACAAACAUUCUUUUAAAGCAACUUUCGGAAUUGGUAUUUGUGAACCUGUACGGCAUCAACUCGCGAUCGGGAGAUGAAAGCCCGACGCCGCUUCCGCCGGCCACGCCCACUAUGCUGCCAGCAUCUGAAGGACUAGAGGUAAUGCCAGAUUAUCCAGCGUUCAUAGACCUGUCUCACAUCGUGUGGAUAAACAGUCACCUGCCCCAGAAGUUCCAGCACAAAUGGCGGUUUUUAUUCUCCUCGCAUAUACAUGGGGAGUCAUUUUCUACUAUGGCAGGACGGAUCCAAGAGCAAGGACCCUCCAUCCUCAUAAUAGAGGACACCAACGGGUUCAUCUUUGGAGGAUUCGCCACCGCGGACUGGGCUUGGAGCCCUAACUGGACGGGCACUGAUGAUUCCUUCCUCUUCACCUGUGCUCCCAGAAUGCGUAUUUAUCCAGCGACCAAUUAUAACGACCAUUAUCAAUAUAUGAAUCAUCAUACGAAGACUCUGCCCAAUGGUUUGCUAAUGGGUGGUCAGUUGGAGUUUGGUGGUAUAUGGCUGCCCGCGGAACCAUUCGGUGAGGGUAAUUCAGCGGAAUCUUGUUCCACAUUCCGUGGAUACAAGAGACUGAGCAAGGAACCCCAUUUCCGAAUCCGCUCGAUUGAAGUGUGGGGCGUUGGGGACAAACCAUCUUUGGAAAAGGAUGAGGAUGAACGCGACGCGAGUAUAUUGGACACAAAUCCCGACGCAAAGGCUAUCUUGGACAUGGCGGGUCGUGCACGACACAGCGAGGGAUUAAGAGAAGAGCCACCUUUAUAAUGUUCUUGAGAUACAACUCUGAAGCUUACCUCUAAAGUAAUUUUAUUUUAGCGAAAUUUAUAUAUUUCUAUCGAUCUUUGAUAAUUAUCCAAAUGAACUGUCAAUUUUUAUAAUCUAUUUUAGCGAUUAAGGAACAUUGCCAUAAUAGUAUUUUUAACAAGUAUUUAAACGUCGCCAAUUUUAUAUACAGUUUUUAAUAUCAGUAUAAAAAAUAAAACAAAUAUUGAACCUUACAUAAUUUUCUUUAACAAAGAUUUUACUUGUAUGUUAAAAAAUGGCAAUGUUGCUUACGCAUUAAUCUAUUACGCAAAUAAAAAUUAUCAAUUAAUACCAAAAAAAUCCUAUGUUUGUCUAUUUCUUACUAAAAUAAAUGUAUAUUUAUGCAAAGAUAACCUAUGUUGUAAUAAAAUUGUGCCUUUAUCAAAAAUUGUGAUUGAGUGUUGCCAUAUCUUUUCGCCAAAUUAUCGAUGUUGGUGCUAAUUUUGAUGUUUAAUAAAAAAUCACAAUAGAAUCACAUUUUUAAUCUGUGUUUAAUAGCAAAGCACUAAGAAAUGCUGAAAUAAGAUCAUUUGAUGUCGACAUCAGUCAAUAGGGCGUAGGAGUAAAUUCAGAGUCUAAAGUCCCGACGUUUACGUCAAAUCCAACACAUUGACAAACUGGAGUUAUAGUUUCUGACUCCGAAACUGAGGCGUAGAGCCCGCAGUGGUUCGGCUGGAGGAUCUUCCCUUUAGGUUGGAUUGAGAGUUCUCCACCAUAUCUAAUACCCUCAGCAAGUGGUAGCUGGUUCUCUUCUCUAGUCUCAAUCACAAUUAGCACCAUUUUAUGUUCGUGUUGUGUUUGUUUCACAGGUUCUUUUAAAAUAAAUGGUUAUUUAGUAGUCACGUGACUUGGUUAUACUAGUACAUAAGAUAACGCUUUAAUUGUUAAAAGUUAAAACGCACAAAAUAUUCUAAUGUUGCUGUGUUAAAAUAAUAUUAUUGUAAAAUUUACUAAAGAAGCGUCGUGGGAGGAUUUGAACAUCGCCUUGGUAUGUUGACGUCAUUGUUCGACUGUAUAUUGAUACAUAUAAAAAGUUUAUAAUUUUUUGUGAAUAAAUAAAAUGACGCGUGCCAAAUGAGAGUUCUUUUCUUCACAGACUAUAUCACGCGCGAAAUGAAUAUAGAUUAUACGACCAUAGUUAAUAUUUUACAAAUUGAGAAUUGAACGAAAGACUACGAUGGCGCGUUUCGUUCGAUUGUGAUUGGUCAAACUCAAUGUUCAAUCGCUUUAAUCGUUUGAUAUAUUCUAAACAAUGUGAUUUAUAUUAAAACGCUUAUAUUAGUAUAUACCUUAUUUACGCUUUAAUAUUGUUGUAACCUAGUCAUAGUUUCAAUUAUUUUCUGUAGUUAAAGCCAAAAUGCUUAAAACAACAAACUUUAAACUAAACUAAACUUUAAACAAAUAUAUAGACGAAACAUUCGAGUCAAUAUCUAAUAUUCAUUGUAAUAAUUUUCAAAGUUUAAUGUGCCAAAGCUACUUUUCGGGUAAAUGUUACUUAUUUUAUGUUAUAGUUUAAUUUACGAAAGGGCGUAGUAAUGGGCUAUUUGACGGUAUAAAAAAUGAAGUGUUAUUGAGAGUAAUAUGUAUAGAACAUGAGUUUAAAAAGUAUUUAUUUCCUACGUCGGUCACGUGACUCAAAACGGUCACAGAUUAGACAUAUUGACGACAAAGUAGCAUGCUUGUAAAUAAUGUCUUUGCCUGUCUAAUUCUAAUACUAUCUUGGAGAUAAAUUUCGUUGGAGAUUGUUUUUGAUCGAAAUAUAUGUCUAUAUGUAAUUUAAGAAUGACAAUUAACUCGU